ACCACAGCAACAACUACAACUCCAAUAACAAUCUCAACAACCACAACUCAAACUUUAAAUGUAUCAGGUGUCAAUACGACUACACCAAACCCUUCUAAUGAUACUGUUUACAUGACUACCUCGCUUGCCAAUGCCACUGACAACAGUUUGUCGACAGUGAUGACCACGUCAACGCCAGUUGUGACGUCAGGGUGCCCUGUGUUUGAUAUCAACUGUCCUCCCGGUUGCGGUACCUAUGACGCCAAUUUCUGUCCUGUAUGCGAUUUACAAAUCUGUCCAACACAAGCACCACGCCCUGUUACUAAACCUCACACGACUGAGACGCCGUGUGUUUCGAUCUUCUGCAUACUUCCGUGUGGAAACCCUCCAAAGUACAGGAAAGAUGCCAACGGCUGCGAGCGCUGUGAAUGCGCCUGAUGAUGAAAUGAAUGACAGUGUCGAUAUCUAAAUAAAUGAAUGUAUGGUGUCAGACGUGCUCUGUACUGACAUGUUUUGGUGUAUGACGUGCUCUGUACUUACAUAUGUGUUGGUGUCAGACGUGCUCUGUACUGACAUAUGUUUUGGUGUAUGACGUGCUCUGUACUUACAUAUGUGUUGGUGUCAGACGUGCUCUUUACUGACAUAUGUGUAUGGUGUCAGACGUGCUCUGUACUGACAUAUGUGUAUGGUGUCAGACGUGGUCUGUACUGACAUAUGUGUUGGUGUCAGACGUCAGACGUGCUCUGUACUGACAUAUGUUUUGGUGUCAGACGUGCUCUGUACUUACAUAUGUGUUGGUGUAU